CUCCCGCAUUCCUGCAAUCUGUUCCCGUACAGGCGUGCACUGUCCAUCCCAAUAUCCCACUCAAGUCAGGGCCCACAACCUGUUUGAUAUUUUUCCUCUGUGAAGAUCAACCCGCUUGUUCCUGAUCAAAUGCAUUUCCACCAUAUAUCACACGGCAUCUUCUCCAUCUCAAUGCAUAGGAUCUCCAAGGCCCCAACCUACUCCUUAGCUUACUGUAUAGUCGUCUUGGACUUUAGUAGAUUCCUUCCCAACCUUCUCCCCCACACCCUCUCCCUCUGUGUGUGUGUAUAUACAAUGGGUAAUGGGUAGAAACCAGAGAGCCACAAGAGCGAGGAUAAUGGCAGGUGGCUCUAAAUCUUUUUGGGUUUCUCUCUUGCUCUUUUUAUCCGCCGUCGUUGACAGAUCAAUUGGCAAAAUCACGCCCAGGUUUCCUUCUUCUGUUAUUCAGCCCGAGAGAUUCUCUCUUGCUGCGGAAAAAAGAGAUGAGCUAUACGAAGCCAAGUACUUUACCCAAACUCUGGAUCACUUUAAUUUCAAUCCCCAGAGCUACCAAACCUUCCAACAGAGAUACUUGAUCAGCCACAAGCACUGGGGUGGCGCCGCCAAUAACUCCCCCAUCUUCGUCUAUAUGGGAAAUGAAGGAGAUAUAGAGUGGUUCGCGCAGAACACGGGCUUUAUGUUCGAAACCGCCCCCCAUUUCAGAGCUCUUCUUGUUUUCAUUGAGCAUAGAUACUACGGAAAAUCUCAUCCGUUUGGGGGCAAUAAGGAUGUAGCAUACAGAAAUGCAAGCACGCUUGGGUAUCUGAGCUCGACACAGGCAUUGGCGGACUAUGCCACUCUCAUCAUUGAUCUCAAGAAUAAUUUAACAGCAACGGACUCUCCUGUGUUCGUCUUUGGAGGAUCCUAUGGAGGAAUGCUGGCAGCGUGGUUUAGGCUGAAGUACCCACAUGUGACCAUGGGAGCUCUGGCUUCUUCUGCCCCCAUCCUCAAUUUUGACGAUAUAACAUCUCCCAAUUCCUUCAACACCAUCAUCACCAACGACUUCAGGAGUGAGAGCGAGAAUUGUUACAAAGUGAUAAAAGGAUCGUGGGAGCACAUAGAAAACGUUGUACAGCAAGCAGGGAGACUUGACGUACUGCAAAAAUCAUUCAGAUUAUGCAAGAAUAAUAUUAGUGCGGCUGAUAUAAAGAAUUGGCUUGCAACAGCAUAUACUUACACUGCCAUGACAGAUUACCCGACUCCUUCCAAUUUCAUAAAUCCCUUGCCAGCUUAUCCCAUAAAACAGAUGUGUAGGGCAGUUGACGAUCAAACAACUGGGAAUGAUACAUUUGCCAAGUUGUAUGGUGCGGCUAACAUAUUCUAUAACUACUCUGGAACUGCCACGUGUUUCGAUGUGAAUGAUCAGUCGGAUCCCCACGGCCUCAACGGAUGGCAACAUCAGGCAUGUACGGAAAUGGUAAUGCCAUCGGGUGGGAAUGAUGAGAAGAGUAUGUUUCCAGCUUAUUAUCAAUGGGACUACAAUGAGCGAUUGGAGUACUGUCAAUUUCACCAUGGCAUCUUUCCUCCUAGACCUCACUGGAUUACUACUGAAUUUGGUGGCCAUAAUAUUGAGAGGGUGUUGAAAGGGUUCGGAAGCAACAUUAUUUUCUUUAAUGGCUUAAGAGACCCUUGGAGUGGUGGAGGGGUGCUAAAGAAUAUAUCAAGUAGCAUAAUUGCCAUAGUUGCGAAAGAAGGAGCACACCACGUGGACCUAAGAUUUUCAAGUAAUGAAGAUCCUAAGUGGCUCCAGGAUGUGAGGAAACAACAAAUCAACAUCAUUGCCAAGUGGCUCUCAGAAUAUUAUGAUAACUUAGCCCACCCAUCUUGAUCCCACUCCCCAAUGCUACUCAUAACUGUUAUUCAUGCGUCCAUAUCAAAGGAGAGGAGAGGAGUUUGUGGGUCCCUAUGCCUUUUCUCUCCUCCCUUUAUCAUUACGUGAACUCUUCAUGAUCACAGACUUAUAAUAAAUCGCAUGGCUUUUCCAUGUUAGCUA